AUGGGCAAUGAUUUUGAUCCUAUACAAGCUUGCAGGGAACUUCUUGACAAUGUCAAGUGCCUUGGAAAGUCUAGCCCAUAUAAACCUUUUGGUAUUUAUAUGAUCUGUUCAACCCAGGGAGUAGCUUGUAUUGAGGAUAGUCAAGCUGCCUUGGAGAUGUUAAUUUUAACUUUGCAAAGCACUGAAGAAAAUGGUAUUGCCGAUGCAUUGAUUUCAGAGCACAAAAGUUAUGGUGAUAAGUUGAAAAAUGUUUUUGAAAGUGGAUACUCAACAAGAGCUUCAAACAUCUUCCCAGAAUCCUCUGUUGAGACGGGAAUAGCACUGCAAUUAGAAGCCAUGGGCUUUCAGAAUCUGACUAAAUCUGCAUUUGAUGCCUUGAAAAAAGACGCAGAUUUGAAAAACAAGCAUGACAUGGACAUUAAGGACCUAAAUUCAAAGUUGAGCGAGAACCAAAGUAGACUGGUAGAGCUGGAAUGGUACAUUAAAAUGGUAUCUAAGGGCAACAGUUGUAGCUCCUACGAUGUUUUCAAGGACCUGGGCGAAAAGAAAGAUUUUCAUAUUAAUCAGCAUAGAAUGAAUCUAGAAGAUUUUUGGGAUAAAAUUAUUGAUAUGGUGAAGAAUCAGCAAUUGCCCAGUGACUUCCGAUACCAAAACAAAAUGGAUCAAUGCUGGAACUACAUACAGAAGACUUGUAGAGCCCCUGGACAUUGCAAACUUCUAUCAUCUGCACAGCGAUAG